AUGGCAAUCCCCGAAGUAAAAAGCGACCAACCCUCUAUAAUUCCCCAGAAGAGAUCCGCCUCAGCAUCCGACAGUGCCCCGAUUCCUAAGAAGCCUGAUGUCACUACAAGGACGACUCAAAAGAAAUCUUACAAGAAGAAAGAUGACUUCGCAGAGUCCAAAGUCUCGAAUUCGACUGAAAAUCUGACCGAGAGCGAAGUGUUCAGGCGCCUUGAAGCUGUUGGAGCAGAGAUGGCCACGAUUAGCUGGUAUAUGGAUCUCCCAGAGAAGCUGAGAAUCCCGGAAAUCCUUUUGGAUUUCAGCAUCCUUAAUAUGCCCAAAUGGCCGGAUCAAGACACGAUUGACAAGUGGUUGGCGCAGGGGCAUAGGAAGCCGGAUGAGGAUAAUAACAUAGACACGAGGAAUGAAGGGCCGGAGGAUAAGGAAGAUAAGAAAUACGAGAAUAAGAAGCGAAGGAUGAGAAACUGA